UGGGGAGGUUACUUUUUUAAAGUAAUAUGUGGAACCUCGGUAACCGCGCUGCCGUGGUGUUGAUCUGUGUGACGUGCGGGUGCGUGUUGGUCUACAACGCCUGGGGCGCGAUCCUCGGGCUCGUUCUAUCGUUGCUGCUGGUGGUGUACGCUUGCUAUUCGUUGCUCGCCAACGACAGCCUAGUGUCUCCUCAGGCGUAUCACGUACUUGUCUAUCUGCGGGAGGCGGUCGUCGAGCUGCGCGCGGCCCUGGAUUCCGCUGUCGACCACGUUAGCGGAUACACGCGUAAGCUCUGGCACAGUGCGAGCUAUUGUUACCGUGAACGUUUCUCAUUCAGGAUGGACAGCCGACGCGGAAGAGGUAAGAGUUAUCAGCUCAGCAGCGACUCUUACGCGACGACUGUGGUCAGAAGCAGGGACUCGUUGACACCGACGUCGCCCUCGUCGGCGGCCAGGUUCAGUCCGAUCGACCAGUUGGGCCAGAUCCGGCGCAAUACUUACCAAACCUCGCGCGACAACGACACCAUGUACCACAGGUUUUGUCAAGCCGGUGACCAUGAGCGCUCGCAGCAGCUUAUUUUAGGCAAGCAUACUUCCACACCGGUGCUUCGACCUGGUGACAGAGAUGACUCCAGGAAUGGUGACAUAGGUUUGUUCUCUGCCAAGAGGACUACACCCCUGUAUAAUCAAAGCCAUACAUUGAGCCGGGGUGAAAAUAUCACACAGUUUAGCCCUGAUGGCUCUCCGUGGGGUACUAGCAUCAGCCCCAAGAUGCGCCCUAGACCAGCGGGCAUGAAGACAGUCCAGACUGUUGCCGGGCCGCUGUUGGCAUCUACGCGAUACAAUAUUGAUCCCAAAGUGUAUACAGAUGUGUCAUCACCAGGACUCACAACAAGGUUAACUAAAUAUGCUACGGAAGCAAAGAGUAAACUGACUCAUCAGUCUCAUUAUGGUACAGGACAGUUUCCGAAGGUUAAUCUCCAUGUUAAUCCUGUUCCUUUGCUGAAUACAAAAUCGACGAAGAUGAGAAUGCCUGUAACGGUCAGAUUGGCACCGCCGGAAGUCUCGAGAUACUCUCCGCCGGAAAGGCAGAGACUUCUGUCCAAUAUUCGUCACGCUCCGAACAACAAGUCGACCACGAGCGUUGUCCAGGUAUUAAAGGAGAUAUCGUUGAAGCGACACGCAUCGAGGGAGGAUGUCACUUUCGAUGUGGCUAAGAAGCAAAGAACAGAAGACCUUUUCGAUGAGGAAACUGAGAUGGUUUUGGAAGAGACCAAGCAGAAACGGAGCAGGGACGAUUCUAGGUCGGAGGAGGAACUCUCCCCUCAAAAUGUAUCCAUCAGACCCGCCAAGAAACGUACAAAAACGCGAUCCUGCUACGAUAUCCUGAAUUCGUUGAGUUCCAGUGUUCAUGUUUCUUCCGGUGUUAAAAGGAAAGCAAUUGACUUCUCACGCAGCGGCACACCCGACUUCGAGAAGCACUUCAAGUCUCUGAAAAGCACACAGUCCAGUAACUCCAAUUCUCCAAAUUCGCCAGAGCAUCCGAAUCUAGAUAUAAGUCAUAGUCAUAAACCUGAAAUUAAAGAAAUACAUUCGAGGAGUCCUGAGACUCUUACUUGUGACAAAGUGCAAGAAACACUUUUGACGAAGGGUAUACUAAAGACAUCUAAUAACGAGCCGAGGCUCAAUCUGAAUAAACCAGUGCCGACGGUCCACAAGAAUGCUAGAAACGUCGAAAUUGUAUGCAGCACCACGUCCCUUGCACCAACCAAGUCCGUCAAGUUGGCGGACAAGCUGUUUAUGAGAGACGAGCCCGAGCGGAAUGAAUUUUUGAAGUUACUCGCGGAGGAGCAGGGCAGCGUAAAGGCUAAGUUUGCGAAGAACAACGUGGAGGAGAUAAAGAAAGAAGACAUAAGGAAUAUGAGGCAAACCAGCAUGAAAGCGAGACUUCAAAGUAUGUUCGAUGCGAUAUCGGGGAAAGCGGAGAGCAAGAUCAACCCGGAUGUCGUGAUUCAAGCGGACGACGUGAACGCGGUCGCGCCGACGGUCGUCAUGUCCUCGGCCGCCAAUUGCGCGACUCUCAACUCCUCGACUACCACGACCACCGUCAACACCACGCCGAUCUCCACCGCGGCCAUCGUACCAGGUGGCACGCUCACGUCGAAACCUGAUGCAAAGCCUGCUACGACUUUCAGCUUGCCUAGCCCAGCAUCGUCAGCACUGUCAAACACUCCAACGAUAAUCACUCCGACGAGCAAAGAAGCAAACUUGACACCUAAACCUAAAGCAGAGGGACCGAUCGGCCAGGAGAAAAUCGUGACGACCAUGGCCGCGGUCGUGAGCACAGCGUCGCCGGCGAAGGGCCAGUCUUCGACUUCGAGCACAACGCCGACGCCACCGACGUUCGUGUUUGGGAAAUCAAUCGCGGAAACGCCAGCAACCGUGACAUCGAGUCCGUUGCCGAACUUCAGCGCUCACAACGUUCCCAACAGCGUUCUUGCUACAUCGACUACCAUAUUGCCAACAUUCAGUAAUUUCCUAGGGGCUGACAAGACGCCAUCGAGCUCGAUGUUCGCGCCUGUAAGCUCCAACGCCGUGCCAAGCGACAAGGUCGAGGCGAACAACGCUGUUACCACGAGCGUGAGCGCUGUCUCCUUCAGCGCGAAUAGUCAAGCAAAUCCCAUCUUCAGCUUUGGUAAGCUCCCUACAUCCACCACGACGCCGAUACUGAGUUCGGCGUCGAGUUUGCCGUCCCACUUCACUGGAACGUCGUUACCAGCCAGCAACAAUGCGACCAACCUCGCUGGUUUCAACAACGUCGCGAGCAACCUGCCAAAUAGCACCGCGACGACGACGUCUGCGGCCGUGCAGUCGACCUUGUUCAGUUUCGGAGGUAACAAUACCGCCUCGCAGACUCCAAAGUCCUCGGGAAGCAUAUUCAGCUUAGGCCAGUCGAGCGGCCACGUACAACCCACGAGCGCGUUUGAGAACGUCGCGAGCAGCCAGGCGACGUCGUUGCCGUUGGAUACGAGCAAAUCCUUCAGUUUUACGGCCAACACCUCGACGGUGACCACAACGAGCGGCUCCUUCGGCGCGAGUCCGACAAGGAGCGCAACCACGACGGCCACACCGGCGUUCGGUCUACCCAGCGCGCCUACCUUCUCAUUGGGUACAUCCGCAACCCCCACUUCGACCAUCAACAAACCUCUCUUUGUAUUCGGCAGCAAUAGUGUCGCAAACGCGACGUCUAUACCUGCCACUACCGCCGGAAGCACCACCGGCUUCGGCACAAUCAGCAACAACGUCCUACCUACAUUCGGGACACCCAGCACCACCGCUACGCCGCAGUUUGGCCCAGCCACGACUAGCACUCCACAGUUCGGAGCGGCCACGACCAUCACUCCGCAGUUCGGAAUCACGACCAGCACUCCGCAGUUCGGAACCACGACUUCGACUCCGCGCUUUGGAACGCCUACGACCAGCGCCCCGCAAUUCGGCGCAUCCACCGCGUCCAUAUUCGGCACCACGCCGGCUACAAGCGCGACGAUCAUCUUCGGCACGACCAACAGCCAGUCGGUUUUCGGCACAGGCACGUCAACGCCGGCUACUAGCGGCAUAUUCAACUCACCGAAGACCACAGCGUCGUCGAUCUUCGCGGCCACCACCAGUGUGUCCUCCACAGAUAAUACGGCAGGCAACCUCUUCUCUGGCGGCGUCAACGCCAAUGUGAACGUCAACAGCUCGACCACCGCGUCGUCGAUAUUCGGCAACGUCGCGACCCCGAUCUUCGGCCAGAGCAAGCCGCCGGCGUCUUUCGGCACAGCCAACAGCACCAGCAUCUUCGGCAACACGUCGACUCCGUUGUUCGGCGCGACGCAGACUACGAGCGCGCCCACCUUCGGCAUCACCAACGUAUCCACCACCAGCGCGAUCUCGUCCGCCUUCGACAGCGGCGCGAACAACACGACCUCGACCUUCGGGGCGCCCAGCACCGGUGCGAACGCGACGAACACGCCGCAGAGCACGAGCGUAGCCGCUUUCGGCCGCACCACCAGUAUCUUCGGCACGGCCGACAACACGGCGGUGGCUCUCUUCGGGACGAACACCAGCCAACCGGCCAGCGGGGCCUUCGCCCCCACGGCGAGCACAGGCGUCUUCAGCGGGCAGAAUCCCACGAGUAUCGCCUUCGGCGUCUCCAGCAGCGGCGCCACCGCCGGCACCGGCACCACGUUCGGCGACAAUAAGCCUCUGUUCGGGACCACGUCGUCCACGUCAUCGGGCUUUGGCGGCUCAUCCAUAGCCACCUUCGGCUCGACCGAGAGCACCGGGAAUGCGGGCAACAAUGCGAGCAGCAUAUUCUUCGGCAACAAUCAAAAGGACGGCCAGCAGCAGCAACAGCAGCAGCAGCAACAGCAGCAGCAGCAGCAGCAGCAACAGCAGCAGCAGCAGCAGCAGGCCGGCUUCGGCUUCGCGUCCACCUUCAACGCCGCCAGCAGCAGCUCCACCACUGCCGCGCCCGCGCCCUUCCAGUUCGGAUCUGCAACCACGAAGCCAGCAACUGGCUUCAACUUCAGCGCACCGUCGCCGACUCCGACCAUCAAUUUCGGGACGUCCGGCACGCCAGCCUUCAACCCUGCGACUCCCGGUAUGUUCAGCAUCGGGAGCGGAUCCACCGCGCCGCGAUCUAGAGCAAUUCGCACGAGGAAGCCGAGAUGAUGGAGAAUGUAAACGUCGCGUGUCUGAACGUACAGAUUUUCGUUGAAUCGCAUCGGAGUGUUCUAUUCUCGAUUUAUUUCUCAUGUUUUAGGGAUGUACGAUCAACGCGAGCGCGUACAUAGUACUCAAUAUUCUUUUAUAUUCCCAUUAUGAACAAACAAAUAAAAUGUUGCAGCAUAUUGCACAUACACACACACACACACAUACACGCGCGAGCGCGUGCGCCACACACAUACACACACACCACGCAUAUGUACACACGGCGAAAAUAAUAAGUAACAUGUAAUAAGUACCGCGCACUGUUGGUGCUUUCAACACGAGCCCACCUCCGUCGAGUGAAACUCGCGUGUAAGUAAAUGUUCUUCCACUUAUAUGACAAAAUGUAUCAGUACGUUAAUAUUAUAAUUGCAGUUCAACGAAUAAGUGAAAUGUGUUUAUGUGUAUAUGAGUGCGUAUGAAUGUGUGUAUAAUGUAUUGAAGUGUCGCUCAUCAUGUAACGAAAGUAUCGGGGUGAUUGUGGAUCGAUUUGUACCACUUGCUUUAAAUAUAUUCCAAGCUGUUGAAAUUCUAGCGCUCUCUCUCUCUCUCUCUCUCUCUCUCUCUCUCUCUCUCUCUCUCUCUCUCUCUCUCUCAUUUUCUUUGUACCAUAUACCGUAGGGAUCUCGUGCCACGAGUAUUUUUUUCUUUUUACGACUGAGAUGAAAAACCGAGCGGCAGAGCUAAUGAGUGUUCAUCUGUCUUUUAUUAAAAGAUUGUAAACAGAGAAGCAUGAAGGGCUUAACAUGCACUGAAACUAAAUUAUUAGGAUUUACUAAUCGUAUACGCAUCAUUGACUAAUCGUGUUUGUAGAUUCUUCAGAGAAGCGAGAACGACGCAGCCCAAGCAGUAUAUAUAAUCUGUUUGUUAGCAAAACUGUACAUUAUAAUAUUGAAAAAUGAAUGUGUACGGUUAGGAAAAUACUAAUAAUCCAAUUGUACCACUUGUUAAGGCUAUUAUACCGAGCUGUAUACAUUGAUGUGUUCGAAUUACUGUAAGGUGCGAAGUAAUGAAAUUACGACAAAUUAUUGUUCUGUCAGUUGCGUUAAUGCCGGUCUAAAUUGUUCGAACAAAUAUAUGUAACAUUGACGACAAAUUAUGUACGAAGAGAAUAAGAACAUUAUACUCUCUCACAUGUCGCAUGUUUUUUUUUUGUUUAUUUUUAAUUAUAAUUUCACCUUGCAAACGCCGUUGAAAUCACUGCCUUCCGCAACAACGUCGGAAGAUAAUCCUUCGUGUAUACAUAUCGUGCGUUUACAUAAUAUCGAAUUCGAAUUUUUUUCUUUAUUCAUACACACGACGCGACUAACGUUCUUCUCUCUCGUACAUGUAUUCUUUCGACAUCGUUAUUUCUGCCUCAAGGGAACUUUCGGAAUAAUCGAGAAAGUGUAACCAUCGGUUUUUUUUUU